UCUGUGCAAACUGUCAGCCACUCCUCCAAUUCUCCUUAAACUGGUCAUGUCAGUCUCUCUGGUGUGUCUUUUUUACUUUUUCUUCUUCACAAGUAAUGCACAGUGUCUCUCAGAUGUGGAGGAGUGCACUGAGAGAUUUAUGGAGCUACCACUUGUUUCUAAAAGAGCUGGGCAGAUUGGAACAAAAGUGGCUGUAAAUGGUCCACUUGAUAAUGAGAUCAGAAUCCUUCGGGGUUUUCCAUUCAAUUGUCCAACUAAUAUCACUAGUCUAAUAUUGGGGAUUGAUGUGAGGGUAGCUACUGGUAUUCGUACACGCUUUCCCAGUGUUCAACUCUUUAGAAUAUCAAAUAAUAGUAAUAAUAUGUAUUCUGUAGUGGCUGAGAGUGAGAGGAUCAUUUAUUAUUCCACUUCUAAUGUCAGUACCAGUGGAGUGUUUGAAUAUCCACUUGAUCCUCCUAUAUCAGUGCAAAAUGGAGACAACUUAGCUAUAUCACAACCAGAUGAAAAUGAAAGUAUUGUUGUUGUUCAUUACAUUGGCAAUAUGCCAUGGGUCACAGUUGAAUUUCCAUUUGGCACUACAUCCUACACCACCCCAGUCAAUUCAUCAUUAAAUGAUCAAUUAGUUUUGGUGCACCCAAUAAUAACAGACACUCAUUGUGUUAUGAGUACAGUUAAUGAGACAGCUUUCAGAUCGUAUUCUCUUCUAAUAAAUGAAGUUUCUCCACUGAUGAUGCAAAGACAGAUUAUCUACCCAGAGAUUGAAUUUUAUUGUAAUGGAAGUAUCACAAAAUGGAUUUAUGGUGCUACAAUAAAUGAUUCAAAUACGCAACAGCCUGAGCUCCAAAUAUGGCGGCAGACAAGUCCCAGUAAUUAUAUAAAAGUAGGUAGCAGUUCAAUAACAAUGAGCAACUCUACAAUCCAUGGAAGCAAUGUCUUUGAAUUUAUUCCUAAGUCUCCUUUAUCAUUUCAAGAAGGGGAUAUAUUUGGCGUCUUCAACCCUCCCAAUACUCAAGUGAACUUACAUGAGCAAGAAGGAAAUGGGCCAUUAAAUUUGAUCCAAACUACCAAUCUUUAUAGUGCUCCAUCAACUUUUACAUCACAACACACAACUGUAAAGAUGAAUUUUCCAUUAGUGACUGUAGAAAUUCAAGUUGAUACAACUGUAACGUCACUGUAUGUAACAUCUUCAAAAAUCCAAGAUGAAGCAUCUUUCUCAUCAGUUCCAGUAACUUUUUCAAGUGUUUAUUUUACCACUCAGUCUGUUAUACAGAGUGUCUCUAUUGCUAGUGCUUUUUCCACAGCUAUGUCCACUGAAAGUAUUAACAUUCAAAGCACACAAAAUCCUAUGUCUUUUACUCAAUCUCUUAAUUCACAAACCAGUGUGACUAGCGUUUCUCAUACCAGUAGUAUAAGAAGGCCUAUUUCACAAUCAGAUAGUGUGUCCAUUUCUUCCACAAGUGGGACAUUAAUAUCAAGUAGUGUAUCUAUUACUGGUAGCAGCACUUCAAAUCCUCAAGAAAGCUUAUUACCAGCUAUAGCUGGAGGCCUAGUUGGAAUUAUAGUUUUAUUAUUACUGUUGUUAGCAUUGUGUGCUAUUGUUGUGAUUGUAAUGAUGUUUCGCUCAAAAAAGAAAAAAAAUGUUGCACUUGGAAAUAAUCAAAUGGAAGCUCAAUAUGAAGAAGUUGGUCCCAGAAAUGAGCUUUCAUUCCAUAAUGAACUUUAUCAUAGUGUUGAAUCUCAGGGACCAUUUGAAGUUCCUUCACAAUAUAGCAAGUUGAAUUUUACAGCUAGCUCUGAUACAAACCAAAGUAAUGAUAAUGUUCCAUUUUAUACGGACAUAAGUCAAAGUAAUUUUGAUGACCAAAUUAAUACAAUGAAGAAUCUUGCAUAUCGAGAAGUAAAUUAUGAUGAAGAUUGUGAUAUGAUUGACAAUCCUUUAUAUGAAAGUGAGAAGAAACAGAUGAAUUAAUAGAUCUUGAGUGGUCAAUAUUGAAAGUAGAC